AUGGCUUUCCAAAUGCCCGGUUUCGUAUCCCGCCUUGUGCGGCCAUUUACUACCUCGGUUUCGCGACCCCUCCAACCCGAUGCUCUCGCCACCAAACAAUGGGCGAGCGGCUCCCAACGAGCGAUUUUUGCAGGCGGCUGUUUUUGGGGCCUUGAAGAAUUGUACCGCAAAGACUGGGGCAACGGAAAGGGUCUCCUCGACUGCCGUGUAGGCUAUACUGGUGGCAAGACUGAAGCGCCUUCGUAUGAGGAGGUAUGCUCAGGUCGGUCCGGCCACGCUGAGAGCUUGCUUCUCGUCUUCGAUCCCGAAAAAGUGAGCUACAAGCAGUUGGUGGAAUAUUUUUUCAAGAUGCACGACCCUACUACGCUCAACAGACAAGGCGCAGAUUCUGGAACCCAGUAUCGCUCAGCCAUAUUCACAGAAAAUGACGAGCAGCUCAAGAUUGCCAACGACAUCAAAGAAAAGGUCGGCAAGGAGUGGUACAAGGGCAAACCUAUCACCACAGAAAUCAGACCCGCGACUCAAUGGUAUGAUGCCGAGGACUACCAUCAGGAAUAUCUUGAAAAGAAGCCAUACGGCUACCACUGUCCGGCGCAUUUUCUCAGAUCCUUUCCACCUCUUUCUUCAUAG